AUGGACGUGAUGCUGAUGUCUAUAAGAAUUGCGCUUGUGGGCUUCAUCUGCCUGUUUCUAGUAUCCGCUGGCUUCGCCUGUGGUCCUGGCAGGGGAUAUGGAAAACGAAGACAACCGAAAAAACUGAAACCUUUGGCUUACAAGCAGUUCAUUCCCAACGUGGCAGAGAAGACCCUUGGGGCCAGUGGCAAAUACGAAGGGAAGAUCACAAGGAACUCUGAAAGAUUUAAAGACCUGACACCAAACUACAAUCCUGACAUUAUUUUCAAAGAUGAGGAAAACACUAAUGCUGACAGACUUAUGACACAGGUAGGGAUAGUAAGACAUAUAGUGAAAUAGUGAGGAAGCGCAUGAAGAUGCAUCUUGUGAGUCCUGAGUGAUCAUUUGGCACGAGAAUAAUGAAUGACAGCUCAAUUUGAAGUGACAGUUGUUAAACAUCUAUGAAUGACAUUUAUGGUUACUAUGCAAACCUAUGUAGGCUCUAAUAUAUUUUAAGCAAUUUCAAACACUAUCUAUGCACCAUAUCGGACUAUUUUUUGUCUAUGGACAGUUCUGCACUUUAUGUCUCCAGUUGGGCUUAUCCGAGCAUGAAAAUGAAGACGUCGUUAUGGAUGCCCUGCGCAGGACUGCUACAACGAAUUAAAUGGGUUGUUAGGCUAUGAUACACUUGUACUAUAGACUACCCCCCCUCUCAGUCGUUCAGUAAGUCUCUGAGCUAUCACUAACAAGUGAUCCUUUCCGUUGGACCCAUAACAAUAGGCAUUAACAAUAGCCUACAUCUCUGCCUCUGUCUAUCGGUCUGUCCAUCUCUGUCUCUUUCUUUCUCUCUCGCUCUCUCUCUCACUCACACACACACACACACACACACACACACACACACACACACACACACAUAGAGAGAGAGAGAGAGAGAGAGAGAGACGCAGAAAGAGAGAGAGAGAGAAAGAAAGAGAGAGAGAGAAGAAUUCGACUCUGAUAUUUAAACUUCACUCUGAUGUAUAGAUGGGUCAACUGAUUUUAGAUGUCGUUUGUAAUUAUCCUAAACCGUUACGAAAUGUAUUGCCUAUGGAUCUAUGCUUAAUUUGCAUAGUUCGGAGGCAGGAGCCCAAGCCCUAUAUAGACACAACUUUUUCCUCUAAUUAUGACUUGGUAAAGUCUGACUGAACAAUAGCCUACUUUUUACUACCACUCAGAUAUCGAUUGAAAGUGGCUUGGGAUUUGUGUGUUUUAAUUUGACCAGUGACAGCCGCAGGGUCUCUGGGGAGGUCAGUUGCAUUUGAUGCACGUUCAAGCGUGCAGUGAAAGUUUUGCAACCUCUACAUAUAUAUAUAUUUUUUUUACAUUUUUAGUCAUUUAGCAGACGCUUUUAUCCAGAGCAACUUACAGUUAGUGAGUGCAUAUAUUUUCAUACUGGCCCCCCGUGGGAAACGAACCCACAACCCUGGCGUUGCAAGCGCCAUACUCUACCAACUGAGCUACACACAUAUGAUAAGAAGCACAAAAAGUUGUGACAUGUUUUUCUGACCUCAAAGGCCGAGGCUUUCAAAUCGAAAAAUGUACAUUAAUCAACAGACGGUUCUACAUACGACAAAUAAGGCUCUGUCUUGCCCCCUGUCUUGUACAUGCUAUAGACCGAUAUUGAGUGUGUGUGUGUGUGUGUGUGUGUGUGUGUGUGAGACAUUUCUAUUAACCCCUCGUGUUUCCUGAUAUCUCAAUUAUCUUUGUCUCUUUUUCAGAGAUGUAAGGAAAAACUGAACUCUUUGGCUAUUUCAGUCAUGAAUCAGUGGCCGGGAGUGAAGCUACGCGUGACAGAAGGCUGGGACGAGGAUGGACACCAUUUCGAAGAAUCUUUACACUAUGAAGGAAGGGCUGUGGAUAUCACCACCUCUGACAGAGAUAAAAACAAAUAUGGAAUGUUAUCCAGGCUCGCGGUGGAGGCGGGAUUCGACUGGGUCAAUUAUGAAUCCAAAGGCCAUAUUCAUUGUUCUGUGAAAGCAGGUAAACAACGAAGGAACAAACAAUAAUAAUACGUUUUAUGUACAUUUCAAAUGUUGUCCAAAAAAUGUCAACAUUAUUUCCAAAACCGUUCAUGAACUGUUUAUUACGUACGUAGCUAUGUCAAGCAAACCAUUUAUUCAUUGGGGUUUGUGUUCGUUAGGCCUAUGUAUUUGCCUUGUUAUUACAAAGUUAUAAGACAAUGCCUGUGACUCAUAUUGCAAUAUAGCCUAUCAAAUGCUAUACACCAUUUGUUAGAGCAGUAGGUCCUAUAUUUGCCCAGGUCAUUCAGUUUACAUUUAGAAUUGUAUAUGACAAUAGUGACUUGGUCCAAAUUCUGUAUUAUAUAAUUCUAUUUAUUUUCUGCUCUUCUCUAGAAAAUUCAGUUGCUGCAAAAUCGGGUGGCUGCUUCCCAGGAUCCGCUUCAGUUCUUCUCGAGGAUGGUCGGAGCAAGCUGGUAAAAGAACUGGAGGUGGGCGACAAAGUGUUAGCAGCAGACAAAGAAGGACAUAUUGUGUCUAGCGAUUUCCUCAUGUUCAUCGACCGAGAUCCAGUAACAAGUCGAGAAUUUUAUGUUUUUGAAACGGAGAAGCCCAACAGAAAGUUAAGACUGACGCCCGCGCACCUUGUCUUCGUCAACAAUAACGUUACGGAUGGCGAUAUGACUGCAGUGUUUGCCAGUAAUGUAAAACCUGGGCAACAGGUGUUUGUCGUGGACGAGGCACUAGACCACCUAAAGGCAGUCACUGUGGAAAGGAUUUACGUGGAAGAAUACGAGGGAUCUUAUGCCCCAGUGACUUCACAAGGAACCAUCAUAGUUGACCAUGUUUUGGCGAGCUGUUACGCGGUAAUCGAGGACCACAAAUGGGCGCACUGGGCCUUUGCCCCAGUCCGGUUGGGUCACGCGUUGAUGUCUUUGACAGGUCUAGUCAAAGAGCGCGAGGAAAUCCCUCAGAGAGAUGGAAUACACUGGUACUCAGACAUUCUAUACCACAUAGGGACAUUGCUGCUGGACAGAAACUCCUUUCAUCCUCUUGGAAUGUCACAAAGUUGA